AACAUUGUGGUUACGUACAUUAGUGCAAUAGUGAUACGAAAUCAUAAAUAAAAUAUAUAGUAAUACAACAACCCAAAUAGUAAAACACGUUUAAAAAGAUACCACAGCGCAAAUCGAAAGCUACCUCCACAUUCGACCAUGAACACGCAGCCAUUGUCAAGUUUUCUAAAGAAAGAAAGAGGGACUAUUUCCCUUUUGGGACCCGAUAUCGACCGGGUUGCGAAUAUCGCAUGCGAGGCACGGAAGAAAGCUCCGUUGGUCGCCACCGAUGGCAGACAUCUCCAGCAGCACCGAGAAGAAKAUCUMUCCYCCAGAGUCGUGCCCCCGCGGUUUGUGUCGCAGAGGAUCAUACGCGACGGAAGUCACUGGCACAUGACCAUCGUCACGAGACACGAACUGCGCCAACUCGUGACCCAAAAGGCCGACGAAGAUAACGGUGACGAUGAUAGUGAUGGUGAUUGCAAUGCUUCUUGCACCAACAGCCAGCACGAGAAAAAGAUCGUCCGAUUUUGCCAAUCGUUCUUGCACGAACAGUCGGAGCGUGGAAAAGAUUGGUUCGUCCUCGGCAUUGGAAGGCAAUCGAAAAGACGAGAGUGGGACAGCGGUAGCAGGAAACAACAAUGUUAUUUCCUUGUGUGUUGCUAUCCAAAGGCAGACGCAUUGAGAAAAAGGUUGGGCCUGCCCCCCAAGGAUUUCCAUGUCACCCUUGGUUUCGACGGAACAGAUAUUCACGACGUCCCAAAGGGAAUAACAACUCUCUUUCAGAAUCAACCCCUUUCGCUAGUGCUUCCAUCGUCCCCGACCAGAGUCCUUUCGACCCAUCUCGAUCUGAUAGAAGAGGCAAGAAUUGUCAUACUUGGAGGGAAACCAAGCGAAGUGAUCGACAACAGCGAAGUACCAUAUACCAGGAAAGGAAGGUUUCAACACGCCAAUGUUUUGCUGGAUGCUGCCGAAGACCUGAUCCAUCUGCGAAGUCCUCGAUCGGGACCUUCCCGAACCCGAUUCCACAAAAUGAGAGAAUCAAUGAUUCCUUCUCAUUACCUUGAACAUGACCUGAGGCGUCUGAUCCAUCUACUAAGUCCUGGAUCGGAAGGAGAGAAAUCAAGGAUUUCUGACUACCUUGAACAUGACCCGUGGGUAUCACCCGAUCGCCACACGAGACUCAUCGGACAACUAUUCCUAAUGCGGUGCCAGAUUUUGGGGCGCAAGAGAGAUUUUGAUGGAGUCAUAGAUUAUGCGGAAAUGCACUUCGAAUUGGAAGCCACCGUGAAGCGGAAUCCCCAAUCCAACCCAACAGAUAUUGCACAAGCGGCAAGCGCAGCUUGUGGGUACAAGGGUGUCGCUCUCUCCAUGAAGGAAUCUUGGGACCCCGCCUACGCAUGGCUUAUUGCAUCGUACCGAUUGUACCAAGAAUCAUCGGUGCAAUGCAAGGACACCUCGAGCGCAGCAUGUUCGAGGCGUACUAGGGAGAGCAAGUGCAUGGAAGACGAAGCCGCGGCCAUCGAACGGGCGCUUGCGUUUUGCUGCAGCAAAAUAGGAUUCGAGCCCCCGAUCCCGCCACUGGUUCCCUUUCCCCGUACGGCACAUUUGUUCGACACCGGGGGAACAGCCGUGUCCAGCGAUGAUUUGGUGGUCUCCGGGAACAGCUGUUUGGUGCGUGAAUUCUGCAACGGGACACACGAAGUCGUUCUGGAAGAAAAAAUCGACGGAGCCAACCUGGGAUUCUCGCUCUCGGCCUCGGGGGAAAUACUGGCGCAAAACCGCAGCCACUAUGUUUCGGGAGGAGACCACCACCAAUUCGGGCGGCUAGAAUCAUGGAUUUCCGAGCAUCGUUCGUCGCUCGUCAAGGUUCUGACCCCGUCGGAUCAGAAGCCUAGAGCCGCUAGCCAGGGACUGAUUUUGUUUGGUACGUCAGAGUAUUUUUGAGUCGACUAUGCCGUGUUUCUCUUUUCAAACCAAUCCUCAUAGUUCUAUCUUGUCGGCUUGCUUGAACACUAUAGGUGAAUGGUGUGUUGCUCGGCAUUCUAUUCCGUAUGGUAGGCUACCUGGAUACUUCAUAGCGUUUGAUUUGUACGAUCGCCAGAAGCAAAAGUUCUAUUCCCGGAAGAGAUUCCACGACAUCCUGCGUCACAGCGGRAUUCCUUGUGUUCCGGUUAUUGAAGUGAAAAAGUUUGGUCCCUAUCCGAACCAAACUGUGUCGAAGAAAGCAACAAAUCCAAGCGAGUUCGAGUCGCAUCUACGGUUGCUGUUGGACACCAGGUCAAGGUUCCGCAUCGAUGGUGGCACAAUAGAGGGAGUUGUCUUGCGAAUCGACGACGGAAACGCGGAAUGGCUCGAGCACCGCAUGAAAGUUGUGAGGCCCGACUUUGUUCACGGCAUUACGGAGCAUUGGACACGCCGCAACAUGGAAAAGCAAACCAUUGACCCCGGGUUUGCAGCGCAGUAUUGUUCCGAGGAGGAUUGCUCCCUUGCACCGCCGCCACCGCCAACACCACCGUUGGAUGCUCCGGAGAUUGUUCCAGAAGAGGAAGAACACGGGUCAAAGCAAACGACUACCGAGCUUCCAUUUCGAGAACCAAUCGAUCCAAGGAGGAGGUUGAAGGUUUCGAGUGGAUUAUCAAAGGACAUCGUGAUGCCGAGAAAUUUCUCCUUUCUCUGGGAACAAGAGGUUGCCAUAACUUCSRUUCCCACGASUCUCGAGCAGGUAGCAGCCUGGAACGAGCAUUUYMAUACUACCCUGGUGGUCACUCUGAUGGAGGAGAAACGUUUGCCGGAUUCGUGGUUCGARAACACCAAAUGCCAAAACCUGCAUGUACCGAUUCCGAACUAUCGGCCUCCGACCCUCGAGCAGAUGGAUCGAAUCGUAGAAUCCAUCGAACGCGCCGUGCGAGGGGGAGGUUCGGCCGUGGUCCAUUGCGGUGGUGGCAAGGGCAGAGCCGGGACCGUUGGUGCUUGCCUCUUGCUGAAAUUCGGAACCCUCGGCGUGAGAGCAUCUCACGGCGGCAGUGGCGGUGGGGCAGAGACCACGGGGGCAAUGUCAACCCGCUUGAGCUCGUCGGCCGCCACCACCUACAUUCGCAAGGUUCGACCCGGUUCCAUCGAAACCUCGGUUCAGGAAUCCUUCGUGCGAAGCUACGCCAACGUGCUCUGGAGGAGAUCGAUGCCGGGCUUUGGUGACCUCCCAACCGAAGGUGCCGUYGGAGGAUCAUCCUCCACCUCGGUGACGGAAUCCUCUUCGGRUGCGAACGAACAAGCAGAUGCCGCUCGCACAUCGUCGGAUUUGAAACCACCACCACGCGCCGGCAAAGCAGGGCCGAGCAAGACGGACASCAAGACCGAACUCGAACGAAAGGUUCAAACCUUGCGGCUCCAGAGAAAGGCACCGAGAUGCAUCGUCUGCAUGGGACUGCCCGGAAGCGGAAAGUCGACCUUUGCCGACCGCCUGGCCGGGUCCUUUCCCCCCGAAAACAGCUGGCUGGUCAUCAACCAGGACARGCUCGGAAGAAAGGAGUGCGAAAGGCUGGCGGRAAAAAGCAGACCCGGGACCCGGGUGAUCCUGGAUCGAUGCAAUCCAACGGCUUCCGACCGAGCAAAGUGGCUCGAGCUGAUGCRUUCGCCCCCCAGGKCCGACGUCUCUCUCGUCUGCUUCACGGCGGAUGCCUCGGUCUGCAAACAGCGGGUAAAAGGCCGAGAGAACCACGAGACCAUUCCAAGGGGCAGGGGCGGGCGCAUCGUUUCCGAAAUGGCGAAGAAACUCGAGCUUCCCAGCGACGCCGAACGGAAGCGAUUCGGAUCGAUCCACUUCGUUUCUUCGUUUGACGAUGCCGAAGGACUCCUGUUCUCGCUUGGWGCACGAUAACAAUGCAUCAAAAYGCAUGGCAAAGAUAAGAAUCCACUUCCAAUCUACGUUUUGUACUUCGAGUAAUUCUCCUUCUUGUAGGGUACCACCUGCCAUUUUUUGGACCAACGCGAACAAUCCAACGUU